AUGGCCACCUGCACAGCUCGUCCACCCGCACCCAAUCGUUUCCCAAGCCGUCUCGAGAGCCCUUCUGGUGUGCACCGUCGCUGCUCCCGCUGCAAGGUAACCGAGGUCGGCUGGUCGGUGGAGACGUCACCCACCACGCACAUUGAUGCUCCGUGCACGAUUCUACGGGGCACUACCACGCUAUUUCGGUACCCGAACCGGUUCCACAGCUCGAUCAUGAGGCCUGAGGUGAAGAUCACGCACUUUGACCGUGCCCAGCUGCUGGAGAUCAUGCACCAGUGCUUUGAGUCGCCAUUCGACAACCCGAAACGCGAUCCUCAGGCGUCGACAGCCGUGCGGGUUGAAAUCACCCACCGUCGAGCGUCUGCCAAGGACUAUCUGCGAUCGGUCAACUUUGGCAUGGGCGACGCCGUCAAGUUAGGACUGUAA